AUGCGCCACUUCCGGGAGGUUGUGGCCCUUCAGGCCAUCAACCGCAUGUCCCCACGUGCGCUGGCAUUAUGUCUCACACCCUCUCUCUUCGGCUCCACAGAAGAUGCCGAGACCAACAGUCAGGUAUGCAUUACCCAACAGCUGCCCUCUUUCACGUCUCUCCAUGUAAUCCCCUCUUUCUUUACUGGUCAUUACCUCAUUCUUAUGCUAUUUCAUGUCUGCCACCAUCACCAUCAAUAGGUGCUGGAGCUGCUAAUUGAGCACUGGCCCUGGCUGUUACAGUGUCUGCACCGGGGCAGCCAGCCGGUGUCCGCAGAGGGUCUCACCGAACCGCUAUCCGAUGCCUGUCUUUAUGCUUGCCGGUAAGUCUCCAACCGCCCAUCUCCUCCUUGCCAUAAUAUCGACUUCAUUUAUUCUGAUAUUCACGCUUACUAGGAGACUUGCUUACUUUCUUACCGUGCACUCAUUUAUAGUCCAAUUCAUGCAGACAUUUUAGCCAUGCUAUACUUCUUGAGGUUUUUGCAGCUGGCUGCCAUGUUGUUGUCCUGAGGACUGAAAUACGGCCUCCAUGACAGCACAGAUAUUUUUCAUUCUAUUCCAAGGCAUAGGCUAUGGCAAUUAAUCUAGAUUGCUGAUCAAUCUAACGGGUACACAACCAUGGCUUACUGAACACUCCCCUUUCUAGAUACCAGCGUCAUUCCUUCCUGCAGUCCCUGUGCCUACCACCGACCCUCCCACCGUCGCCGCCGUCGUCUUCAGUCGACGCCUUUUGUGCUGGCGCGUGUACAUAGCCUUCGUUGGAAUUAUCCUUCCCCCUCCCUCGCCCACUUCCCACCCAUAAUUAUUUGUACUAUUAUAAGCAUGAUUCUCCCUCGUCCCCAUUUUUUAACUUUUGGAGAGUAUUAUUCAUUGCUCUCUUGUUUAUUCCAUUCCACACAAUAGACGCUGUUUCGCUGAGCUUCACUUUCCCUCCUUGUCGCUCGCGCUAACUCGCAGGGUUAUAUCGCAUUUGUUCCGUCCAAUCCCCACAGUCGUAAUUCGCUUCCCUCUUAUUGGAAUGAUUAUCCUUAGUGCCGAAUUUUGUAACUUUCCUUCUUCUCAUAUCCAUUCCAUUUUACCUAAUAAACCUUGUUCGUUUAUCCUUCACUCUCUCCAUCUCUCAUCUUGAUUAGUUGGACAAUGUCUUAUGUUGGUGCUGUGUCUGGUCAUUGUCUGCAGACAGGAUGUUUAUAUCAACAGAUGUAUCUAUAUCAGGGGGGGGGGGAAUUUUGGCAAGUGAGACUUGCGUGACAGUGUGUGUGUGCGAGUCUAUGGUUAGUACUGUCACGACGACUGACUGACUGCAGUAGCAUCUCAAAUAAAUAUGUGGUUCGGUUCUGGCAAGGAUGACACCAGUGGUUUGCAUCCACUACAGUCGGUUAUUAUUACUAGCAUCAUUACAGUGUCGAUUUGGCGACAAGUCUCCGAUUUGGAAGUGCGCUGUUGAUCGGAUAUGUCACCUUCGGGUGAUGAGAUUGAAGAUCACAGCCUCCAAUGGUUAAGUCACGUAUUCCACCGCGAUCAACAGGAAUAGCCACAUUCGGAGGAGGGAAAUGUGAUAGAAGUGUAUCCGAUGAUAUCCUGCCGGGGAUGAUGGGUGUGGUACUUGUACAUGCACUCGAUACGGCGGCGAUCAUGCCUGAUCUAGCUGGCCUCGAUCAUGUCCCGAACUGUACCUAUCCACGCGUCACCAUCCGCGGCAGGAGAUACGGAGAGUUCAAUCCAUUCCCUUCGCCAACGACGGAUACCAAAUGCCGAAGGCCCAAGAACCACCUCCAUGUCUUGACGAAUUCUGUCGAGUCAGGUUCCGAGUUAACACCUUCCUAGACGCCUCGGAUGGGGCAACGGUGCCGGAUCGAGUGCAGUAACACUGAGCUCCUGAGGUGGACCACGAAGAACAUGCUGGAACCCCCUCAGUCGCCUUUCUUGGAUGGCCUGGGAUAUGUUCACUCUGUUAUCACCGUAAGUACUAACUGUCUCAUCUGAGGCGAUGUCGGCGUACCUCACUCGAAGGAAUGUCCUCAAGCGGCGGUGAUCUCUCACAGUCGUCGGAGCAGUGAAAUGUGGCCUGUUAACUAGUGUGAUCAUUCAAAGUAUCGGUGAUGUACGCAAAAUUUUUGGUGAAACGACGAUAAUAAUUCCCAGACCUAGGAAACUUUGGAGUUCAGAAACGGACGCAAGUUUUGGUCGACGUCAGAUCUAUUCAGUCUUCAUAGCGUGUGACUCAAAACGAUCCUUGUAGAAAAUAUUACCCAAGGUUGUCCCACUCAUUCCGUCUUCCCUGACUUUUGAUUGGGAAUCUUUAUCUUGUCGACCGCAACAUCCGACAGGCCCUCCAAUCUGCGAAGAACAUGAUUACAAUUGGUGAAAUGCGAUUGACAAGCAGUCGGUUCUGAUCAGUGAACUUCAGCAACCUCACGCCAUUUUCACAUCGAGAUGCAAACACAAAGCGGCCAAGAAGAUAACCGCUUCGGAAGUCCUCAGGUCCAGUCCGAUCAUUCCAAUCCCCGGCAACAAUCAGCAGAUCGCGGAGAAGGAGUCUUUCAACUAACUCUUGCAACUGCGACGGAAACUCAUCUUUAUCGCACAGUUCGACAACUGAAUUUAGUGCAUACUCAGAGACAAUGGAGAUGUUCGUAAAGUGGUCCAUCAGUCGCACGUAGGCCAUUCGGUCAUUGAAUGGUUGCCAAGCAAGUAACGUGAGGUCGCUGUCGAAAGUAGUGUGGUCGACAAAAUAAAGAUUCCCAAUCAAAAGUCUGGGAAGAUGGUUGGUGUCGGACAACCUUUACUGUUUGGAAAGCGCGUACACAAGGCCCAGCAGGCAGUCCCCGCGAGCACACUCUCCAUGCAGAUUGUUGUCUGAGUCCGCCUUCGAGGUGCUGUGUCCCAACGCGUAUAUGCGCCCUCCGUUUUCUCCGCGUCCGCCAGCCAAUCAGAGGGGGGACGGCGCUGAUUGGCCUGGAGCACUCGCGAGGUUAUUGACAAGUCCCGCGCCUCCCAAAGGCGUAUCGACAAGGACCCUGAGGCGGACAGUAAAGCAGCGUGACAAAGGCGGAGGGCAAGGAGACGCGCGCUGCCACCUCCGCAUGUUGUGAGGACGAUCGCCACCAAUGGUGUCGCGCGGGCCCCUGUGGUACAGGAUGAGGUGUGGUUCUGUCGAAAGUUGUGUGGUCGACAAGACAAAGAUUCCCAAUCAAAUGUCAGGGAAGACGGUUGGAGUUGAACGACCUUUACUGCUUGGAAAGCGUGUACACCAAGGCUGUGUGGGCAGUCGUCGCAAGCAUACUCUCCAGACAAGUUGUUGUCUGUGUCCGCCUUCGAGGUGUUGUUAGCGCGUGUGUGCGCCCUUCGUUGUCUCCACGUCGCCAGCCAAUCAGAGUAGGGACAGCGGUGAUUGGCUUCGAGCACUCGCGCGGCCCAGCUAGGGGACCCACUGACGAGCCGAGCCCCUCGCAGCUGCGUCAGGCAGUGGCACACGAUCGGCGAAACACGCGUGUCUGGGCUUUUAGCUAGUUCCUGUGUUGUUAGUACGGUAAAUCACAAUUCUAUGCUACUGGCUGCCUGUUGGCGGUUUGUGAAUAUUACGCGGUUAUUCCGCAGUGGCUGAUGGAUUUCAGCUCGAAUACUCCUAUCAAAUUUCGGACCAUGCGUGAAGAGGUCUGUACCGAAGGAUUUAAUCCGAGUUCGCUCAUUAUAUUCCUCGGAAAUUAAACAAGGCAAGUCCACUGUCCACUAAUUCACGCGGCUGUCGUCGUUCUGAUUUGGACCGUCCGAAGCUCUUGGUGCGGCGAUCGGCUUUGGCCUACUGACUUCAUGAUAGUAACGAAAUGGAUACUGAUUCGACACGGACGCACCUGCAAUCCUACUACUACUACUACUACUACUACUACUACUACUACUACUACUACUACUACUACUACUACUACUACUACUACUACUCAACCUAG